GGAGUUAACCGUGCUGCUGUGGUUUGUCCUCCUACUGCGCAGCCUAGAGGAGCUUAUUCUGUUUAUACCACAUUUACCUGCAACAGAAAUGAUUUGACAUUCAAGUGCAAUUAUGCUAAGUUUCUGUUGAUCUGUGUUGUUGAUGAGUGGAGACGGGCGCUUGUGAGUGAGCGAGCGAGCGAGUGAGCGGGAGAGCCCGGAACACGAUGCCCAGUUUCGGCUGCUCCGUGCCAGGAACGCUUCCUCUCUGAGAUUUCCCCGCGGGACGCCCCUUUGCCCGGCUCUCUGUGUUUUCGGGAUGCGCCCCGAAGAUUAAACUCGGCCGCAGCUUCUUCUACUUCUUCUUCUUUGUUUUGUUUUUUUUUUUUGGCUUGUUUCGGCUGUUUGUUCGUCCUCGCGCCAGCGCCCGUUUCCCCGGCAUGGUGGUCUCCGCGGCCGCGGUCCUGGGCGCCGCGCUGGGCACCGCCUCGGGCGUCCUCACCCUCUGCGGGCUCUCCCUCCUCUGCAGGUCGUGCAGGGAGAAGCGGUCGGAGAAGGACCCGGAGCCGGACGCCGAGAAGCAGAGCGUCCUGCAUUCCUCUCAGCAGUUCAGUAUCGAAAAAUCGACUGAGUCCAUUCAGCCGCGGACUCUGCUGGAGUUCCCCAAAAUCUACGCCCCGACGCCGUCGGUCACCUCUCCUGAAGUGGUUAACCCGCCCGAGAACGUUCCGGACGCGACCGGCGAGCCCACCGCCAAGGGAGACCCCGCCGCCAAGCCUGAGCGCGGUAACCUAGCGACAGAGGGACCCAAGGAGGUCUUCGCCGUCCAGAGUCAAGAUUCCACAGAGGAAACCCCCUGUGCCCCGGAACGAAAGAACGGACUCAUCAAAAGCCCCUCCCUCCUUCACCCCAAACUGCACUUCUCCCUCAAGUACCACCCUGAGACCAAGGAGCUACACGUCACAGUCAUAGAGGCGGAUCGCGUGAGCAACGGCGCGGGGGGCGAGGGAUACGUGGAGGGGCGGCUCAGCACCGCCGCGGGGCAGAAGGAGGCGCGCACCUCCUCCAGGCACCUGGCGGCCCACGUGAGGUGGGAGGAGGAGCUGGUGCUGGGGCUGCCGGGGGGUCAGGAGAAGGAGGAGGAGGAGCAGGAGGUGGAGGGCGAGGUUGCCCUCUCCCUGCACAGCUGCGACCGGUUCUCUCGCCAGGCCAACCUGGGCACCGUCCGCUUCAAGCUGGCCGACGUGGGCAUGAUGUCUGACGCUGACUGCUGGGUGGACCUGCAGCCCCCCAAGAAGGAUGUGUGCAUAUCCGCAGGUGAGAUCCUCCUGUCCAUCAGCUACCUGCCAGCGGCCAACCGCCUGGGUGUGGUGGUCAUGAAGGCCCGUGGGCUGCAGUCAGACAAGCUGAAGGACACCAUUGACCUGUCGGUGAAGCUGGCCCUGAAGCACCAGGCCACCAAGCUGAGGAAGAAGCAGACGCGGAGGGUGAAGCACAAGAUGAACCCCGUCUGGAACGAGAUGCUGAUGCUGGAGGUCCCCCGGGAGCUGCUGGCGCGGUCCAGCCUGGAGCUGGAGGUGCUGAACCAGGCCGGAGGCGUGGGCGGACAGGCCUCCACCAUGGGCCGCUGCCAGCUGGGCCUGCAGGCCCCCGCGACCGGCCUCCAGCACUGGCAGCAGAUGCUGGAUAACCCCCGCAAGCAGAUCGCCAUGUGGCACCCCCUGUACGCCUGAACCUGCGCCCCUCCGCCCAAAAAAAAAAAAAAAAAAAAACCGACGCAGACUUUGACUCUGGCGUUCUGGAGUCAGUCCUGGUCCUGGAGGGCCGUCACCAUGACGACUGCAUUCUCUUCACCCGUUCAUAUCUAGAUACUCUUCCAAAAUGGCCGCUAAAAUUUCCCAAGUGGCUGAACAUAUCGAUAGGCCAAAAUUAAAGUGGCCCUCCAUGACCAGAACUGUAGAAACAUCUGCCAUAGUAAAACAUUUGGGCUGAUUGUCACUACUUUGCUCUGUCCUUUAAGUUCAGUCACCCCAGACUUCACUCUGUCUGGAAACAAUCAUGCUUUGCACACACGUAACAUCGGUUAAUGUAAUAAAAACUGUUAAUGUAACAAAAAUGGUUAACAUAAUAAAUUUGUCUUUUUUAAUAUAACAACUGCCAGCUAAUGUAAUAACUGCUGCUUAUUGGAAUAGAAAUCUCGAACAGUUAACAUAAUGACUUUUGCUGGUUAGUGUAUUAACUUAAUGUAAUAAAUGACAUUAACUGGUAGUUAUCACUUUAACCAGGGGUUACAAUUUUGUUGAAGAGUAAAUGUAAUGCUGUGGUUGAAGUAUGGUUCAAAGUAAGUGAGAAAAAAAAUACUUUGGUUGUAGUAUUUAUUAUUGGCCACAAGGAGAACACAACAAAAGGGCCAUCAAGGGUCUGUCUGACCCAGACGUGAGCCUGUGAAUUUCCGUUUGCAAGCACAACAAAACAGGGGCCGAGUCUCAAAGAUAAUGAGGCAUUCGCACUGGUUCUCCCCUCACUCGACUGCAGUAAGCGUAUAGAUUGAGCUACAAUAGAAAAGAAAAUGCCUAUGACAGCAUUAAUGGAAUGUGAAGACGUUAAUGAGGAAAUAUGUGUUUCAGUAGAAAAUGACCAAAAAUACAGACGUUUUGACAAAAACUGAGGGAAAAAAUGCAAAAAAUAAAUAAAUAAAUAAAUAAAAUAAAAAUUAAAAGAAAUUAACAUAUUGUGUCAUUUUUACAUUCAGAUGGAUGGGCAAUAAUUAUAUUAUUAUUUAAAAACCAUGUGCGUUAAUAUGUUUUAUAGACUUUUAUGGUGCAAUAUGUUGGUCCAAUGGAAAAUGAGCAAAAUACAUAAGACUUAUCUCUAUGAAGUGAAACAAAUACAAAAAAUGUAAUUGUUAUUUUUCAGUUGGAUAAAUGGGAAAUCAUUUUUAACAACCAAGGUGAAAUAAGUGCAUUAACAUGUCGUUGAGGACUAUAGUCUUAUGUACAAAACAUGACAAAAAUGAAAAAAGUGUAGUUGUUAUUUUUCAUUCGAAUGGGCAGAAAAUCAUAUUUAUUUAAGGACUAAGAUGAAAUAAAGAAAAAUGUUUUUUUUUUUUUGGAAGACAUUCACCAUGUAAAAUGUAUUUCAGGAAAAAAAAUGACCAAAAUACAUAAGUUGUAUAUCCAAAAAGUGACAAAAAUUCAAAAAAAAAAAAAAUGCCAUUUGUUCAUUUUGAUGGACAGAAAA